CAUAGAAACUAGCGAAGUGUCUACAUUGACAUUAGCGAAAUGGACUCUUCAGACUUACAUCUAGCGAUAGAUUACGUAGGGUCAUGUGGGAUUGUCCUCACACCCGAGCAAAAGGCAACACUCCAGACUACGCUCACAAUAUUAAAGCAUGAGAAUAAAUUUACAUAUGUGUCAUUUUGGGGUAUUAUCCGUGGCGUUAGUGGAGACUAUUUUAUUGCACAGGGAAUCGGAAAGGAUGUAUUGAAAGAUAGAACCAAUCUAUACAGCAAAGACUGUUCAACAUGGGGGCUGUUGCCAGUACCUGGAAAACAAGAUAUAGAAAAGAGCAAGCUAUUUAAGACAAGGUUAACUGGCGAUCCAUCAUUCGAUGCUGAGUAUGUUGAAAUAAAACAGAUGCCAGGCGAGGGUGAUGAACUUGUUGAGACUGAAGAACUUAUAACUAUGAAAGAAGAAGACAGGCUUGCGGCAAUUAUUUACCGCAUGGAAGAGGAAGUAGUUAUUGUGCCGCGAGGUGCCUACUUGCGACUGUCUAACGGCCAGGUGGUUAGGAACAAAUCUUUCGAAGGUCUGACUGUUGCUGAAGCCUCAAAGGAACUUUCAUACUUCCAUUGUCGACCCCCUAUACACAUGCCCCACAAGCCACUAACUGACAGAGCGAGACUAGAUAAGGCUAUUGACUUCCUGGAUACCAUUGAAGAUGACAAUCCAAAAGGUUGUUGGAUUAUCCAGUUUGAACGUGGAAGUAACCUUGUCUUAGUGAAAAGCCUACUAUGGCUUGGAUAUGUUCUAUACCAUUUACCAGGUACAAACAAGUAUGGAUCGAUCUAUGUGGGGACUGGAGAGUAUAAUAUUGACCUUCCUUUUAUGAUAUAACUUAAAAAUCAAGCACGCAAGCGUUCAAAAAUAUAAACAAUUUUAUUCUGUUAUUUAAAUGUGUACAGGUGUAACUGGGUACCGUCUAUUGGAAUGGUUAAAAUACCUGUGUUUCAUUUUACAUAAUGUAAUCUAAAAGACAUGUAGGAGAUCAUAAUUUUUUAUCAAAAUAUCACAAAAGCAUUUUAAGAAGGAGCAUUAGUGCUAUUUAUUUUUUACAACUGGAAGAAAA